UCAUGUACAGGCACAUGGUAUUCUAGCGGUCAUCGGCUCCUGUAGUCUGUGUGAACAUGUCAGACAUUGUUGCGGGGGAGGAUUGCAGAGGCUGGACUGACAAGCAGAAGGAGGAUUUCUAUACCAAGUUUAGAGAGCAGAAGGUUGUAAUUGAUGAACUCACCAACCUGAAGAAAGAUCGGAAGGUGUACAGACAGCAGCCCAAUAGCAACAUUUUCUUUGUUGCAGACAAGGUGAAAACACUCAGUGAAUGCAAAAAAACACUGGCUGACCUGGAACAUACAUAUCAGAUUCUUGAGAACUCUGAAAAGUUACAAGACAAGAAGUAAAACCUUGUGCCUGCCAAGAUGUGUGGGAUAUGUUGUACUGUCAGUUUAUGUGCGUCUGUGGACACAAACCUUCAUCAAGACAACAAGAAUCUAAGACGAAGAGGUCCUGACAGGAGCCAGCAGCUGAUUAGAAGUGAUCCUGCCCUCAAUUACAGUUGUAUCUUCUCUGGGCAUGUACUUCAUUUAAGAGGAGAGCUGACUCCGCAGCCUAUACAUGAUGACAAUGGCAAUGUUUUUCUUUGGAACGGGGAAGUAUUCGGAGGAAUUGAAGUUUUGUCUGCAGCUAAUGAUACCUCUGUAAUGUUCCAGCAUUUAACCUCUUGUGAUAAUGAACAUGACCUAUUGUCAGUUUUUUCCAAGGUGCAAGGACCUUGGGCUUUUAUUUACUAUCAAAGCAAAAAUCACAGCCUCUGGUUUGGAAGAGACUUUUUUGGUCGGCGAAGUCUUUUGUGGAAAUGUAGUGACAAUCUAAAAGAAGUCUUGAGUCUGACGUCUGUGGCAGAAUCCCCGGCUGAUACAGAUGAUUGGCAGGAAGUGCCAGCAUCUGGGAUUUUCAGGUGUGACCUGAGUACCUGUGCGCUGUUAAAGUCUAUAUCACUGACAUGGUUUCCAUGGGUUUCAGAAUUGGAGCUUUCAGGGGAAACAGUACACCAUGAAGAACACAAAUGGAUUUUAAACACCCUCCCAAAAUGUGUAACUCAACUAAAUGUUGGAAGUGAUAGACUCCUCGUGCCCGUUUCUCCACUGAACACAAACGUUCCAGAAUCAUUACCAGAACAGAAGAAAGUAAGUUUGGAAGAACUCAAAUUGCUGAUUUCUGAAGAGUACAAGAAAAAUAUUCAGUCAUUUGUAAAUGUUUUAAGUGAAGCGGUUCUGAAACGGGUUCUGAAUCUCCCACGCUUGCACGAGUCAUCGUCUCCAGCACAUGAAAGGAAAGCAAAUGUUGCAAUACUGUUUUCUGGUGGCAUUGACUCUAUGAUUUUGGCUGCACUUGCAGAUCGUCAUGUUCCACCUGAGGAACCCAUUGACCUUUUGAAUGUAGCUUUCAUGAUGAGGGCCACAAAUCAGCAGAAGGCACCCUUGAAAAAAUGCAGCCACAGGAAGAUUCCAGGUUCUCCAUUAACAGGGAAUAAUUCUAAUCCUGAUGCCUUGCCGGCAGAUCCCUUUAAUGUUCCUGAUCGAAUGACGGGCAGAUCUGGUUUGGAGGAACUUAAAGCAUUGAGUCUAACAAGAAUAUGGAAUUUUGUAGAAAUUAAUGUCACUCUGGGGGAACUUAAGCAAAUGAGGCAACAGUACAUAUCGCAGUUGGUCUAUCCUCUAAACACGGUACUUGAUGAUAGCAUUGGCUGUGCUGUUUGGUUCGCUUCUAGAGGAAUAGGUACACUGCGUACUGAUGAAGAAUUAAAACCCUACACCAGCACUUCUAAGGUUGUGCUGACUGGUAUUGGUGCAGAUGAACAGCUUGGUGGUUACUCUCGUCAUAGAGUUAGAUUCAAUACGCUGGGGUACAAGGGUCUUCUUGAAGAGCUGAGUAUGGAAUUGGGACGCAUUUCCUCUAGAAAUCUUGGACGAGAUGACAGAGUUAUUGGUGACCAUGGCAAAGAAGCAAGGUUUCCAUUUCUUGAUGAAAAUGUGGUCUCAUUCUUGAACUCUCUGCCAAUCUCCGAGAAAGUAGAUUUAACUUUGCCCAGAGGACUUGGUGAAAAAUUAAUUUUGCGGAUGACAGCUGUGAGUUUAGGGCUCAGUAGCUCCUCAGUCCUGCCAAAAAGAGCAAUGCAGUUUGGAUCCAGGAUUGCAAAAAUGGAAAACAGUAAUGAAAAAGCUUCAGACAAAUGCAACAGACUACAAACAGAUCUCAUCGACUGAGAAGUCUUUUUUAUGGAAUGUUGCCGUCAAACUAUAAUAUAUUUUACA